AGACCGGUUGCUGAAGGUUCGGGGAGGAUAGGCUUGCCGAGUCACUUACGGACACGAGAGGGAGAAAGAGAGAGGAGAGGGAAGGAACAGGAGGAAGGAGAGAGACACAGGAUGGAGAGGGAGAUGGAGAAGCUUGCUGGAAUGUCUAAAGCUGGUCCUAGUGCUGGAGGAUCAGGCUCUGCGAGCACGAGCACGAGCACUCCUGCCAGUACAGCAGCUGCCACCAGUAACAAGACAAUACCGCCGGACACUGUGAUCUUCCCCAAAGCGGAGCAAGAUGCUCCCCCAGUCUCGGGGAAAGGCAAGGCCCGAGCGGUCUCGCCCACCCUUACAGCAACGGUGGACGAGACGACGCUCCUUGCCGGGUCGAGUGGGUCGGGUUCCGGGCUGAGAGAGGAGGGCUGGGUAAGCUGUAAUCCGCUCUUACCGAGGAACACGUGGGAGCCCUUGGUCGACGAGUAGGGUGGGCCGAUGUUUCAACUGGUCAAACGAGGAACGGAUGUACCCUGGCACUUCUGCACUUUGCAGGCGAUUUGAUGGCUCGACACGAUGUAUUAUGCGAUUCUCUGCACGACUUACGGACGAUCCAAGACUAAACCGGAGAAAGCAACUUUUUUCAGUUCCGAUUGACGACUUCUGUUAUUCUAAUGCCUGGACCGUACCAUCCUGAACGACAAAACACACGACAAAACACAUUUCAAAACGGCCCAACGUGCCGGCCGCCGUUUCGCUUACCCGCGACACCACAGAUCCAUUCAAAAGUAUUACGACGCCAGGCUUACGCGCUGUAUCCGACCACAUCUGCGUACCUGAUUCCUUUCUCAACCCAUGUACUCACGUUUCUUCGUGCUUGACGUUGUACAAGCCGUGCUUUGUAUUGGAUCGGAUACCGAUAAUGGAUGGACGUGGACGGAUAUACAGCCGUUGUGUGUUAUACCCCAUCUAUCAUACUGCCCCAUCGAGGACUCGGACGACGCUUCUGCCGUUAUAUCGUAUACUCGAGCUACGCACGGAUAUCCGGAAGGCAACGCCGUUGGAGACGAGACGUCUCCCGAGUGUUGCUCAGAUUUCGAUGCCGCGACGCUGUUCAAGUGGUCGAUGAGGCUGACCAAACCGGGUUUGUCUGUGAGAUGGUUACUGCGGAAUCCCGAGAUCUUCGGCGCUGCGUAAUGAUUCGCUGACCAGCAAUCGUUGAACGCUGAUGUGUUUUUGCCUUCUGAAGAGCGCAGUCUUUGACCGGGAAUGCAACCUAUCCGACAAUUUCGGCC